AUGAUCAACACUCCGUGGCUUCAGGUCUCUCCGGCGGUAAUCGUUGGUGUCAUAGUCCUCACUCUUUGUUGUUGGAUCCUCAGACUGGCAUAUCGUCAACCUCUCCAUGGAAUCCCCUACAACCGCGGCGCCGCUAAACGCCUGAUGGGAGAUCUUACUGAGCUCGAAGAAUGGGACAAAAGCGGCAAGGGAAUCCGACCUUGGUUUCUAGCGCAGGCUCCUAGGCACAACUCUGCCCUCACCCAGAUCUUUCUGGGUCCAUUUGCGAAGCCGGCUGUACUCGUCUCUGAUUACCGCGAGGUCAAUGACAUCCUGAGCCACCGGGAUGCGGUCGACUUCAAGAGAGGGAAGAAGGUGGACGUCUUUAGGGGCCUCCUACCUCAUGCGUUCCCAUCAAUGGAGACAUUUGAUCCGCGGUUCAAGAGCAGCAGAGACUUGGUGAGAGACCUUAUGGCCCCAUCAUUCCUUCAUUCGGUGAACGCGCCCCACGUCUAUGCUGUGUCUUGCAACCUGCUGGAGCUCUGGCGGACGAAGGCUCGUCUUGCAAGGGGCCGACCGUUCAAUGUUUUCAACGACAUUGUUGAAUUCUCCUUCGACGCCAUAUUGAGUGCAGCCACUGGCCUUGGGCCCGAAGGCGGAGAUGUCAAGCGCCAACUCUCUUAUUUGUCCGACCACGACAAUAAAGAGUCGCAUUUCACAGAUAGUAGUUCGGAAGUUGACGAACUCGCUCAGCUUCCUGCCGCCGACCAAUCCCUCAAACUCUGGGCUUUGGGGGUGAAUGAGGAAUCUCUGUGGAAGGGGUUCUACAUGCCUUCACCUCGACUUUACCAUGCCGUCAACAAACUUCGCCCGUCAGUGCGCAAGGCAGAACGCGUCCUGAAGGACUACGUAGAAUCGCAGAUCACUGCGGCCAUUCCUAGACUUUCUCAAGGCGGCCAGCCGGAAUCGGCCCUUGACUUCACGAUUCAGCGAGAGAUGAGGGCGGCCGAGAAGGCCGACAGAGAGCCUUUCUUUCGAGACCCUCGUAUUCUGGACCAGCUUUCGGGAUAUCUCAUCGCCGGACAUGACACCUCGACGGGUUCCCUUCUCUGGCUGGUACGAAAACUUCUCGCACACCCUACAGAACAAACCAAGAUUCGGGACGACCUCCGCAACACUUACACUGCCGCUUGGAAAGAGGGGAGGUUACCCACACCAACAGAGCUUGUACGCCAUGCCCCUUACCUGGACGCCUUCAUUGAAGAGGUGCUGCGGCUCAACACCCCGGUGGUUACGAUCAUGGUGACAACGAACACAAAUACCCUUGUGCUCGGCCAUCCAGUCCCAGCAGACACACAGGUCUUUCUCAACCUCACGGGCCCGUCCAUCAAUAUGCCUGCGGUUCCGGUAGACGAGUCGAUGCGAAGCGAGACGUCCAAGACUUACAAGCCGUCAAGGCAGAAUUGGGACGACCUCGACCCGGAAGCGUUCCGGCCAGAACGUUGGCUCAAGAGAGCAGAUGACGGCUCAUUGGUCUUCAACGCAGCCAGCGGGCCGGCAUUGGCCUUUAGCGCAGGAAACAGAGGUUGUUGGGGCAAGAGGCUUGGGUAUCUGGAAUUGAGGAUCUUGCUGACGUUGCUGCUGUGGACUUUUGACUUUGAGGUGCCAGAAAAGCAUGUAUCAUGGGAGACAUACGACUCGCUCGUUACAGCACCGAAAACUUGCAUCUUGCGAGUAUCUGAAGUCUCUCAGUGA